AUGGAGACUUUUUCACUUCUGACGCCCACUCACUUCUGCGCGCACACACCUGCUGGGACACUCAUCUCCUCCCUGUCCCGCCCAGAGCAGGCAGACCAAAGUCCCUGGCGGCUGUCAGACCACUCAGACCAGCCCCACGAGAUGCCUCCAGCCCCUCGCCCCCGAGGCUGCCCCCGCGGAGGUGCCGACCCAGUGCUGGACCCACGCAGCUCACCUGCCCCAGGUACUGCAGCACGGGGGAACCGGCGGGGCCGUGGCCCUGUCACUCUCCUGCACCUGCGAGGCAGGUGGCAGCCAUCCGAGCGCCAGCUGGGACGCGUCCCACACUCGUGCCAUCGCGUGGCCCACGGGAGCUCCCUGGGGCCGCAGCCGGCCCCGCACCGGCGAGACCCACCGGCGGCGCCCAGUCCACGACACAGAGGGACUGAUGAGUUGUCACGACUCCAAACUCCUCCAGAGCCCCGUCGCCUCCUGUCCUCAGUCUGUGCCUGCCCGCCCCCGCUGCCUCCGUUCGGGAGCCGCAGCCACCAUCGCAAAGGGACACCCACGGCGGCGGCUCUGACGGGAAAAUCCCCUGAUAACGUAACACAACUGGAGACCACUCCGGACGCAGCUCGCACCGCCCUUCAGCCGCAAAGUUGUAAAUACACUUUCGCAGCCGCUGCCGCGCGUUGGGACCAACUGCCGCCCGGCGGAGCACGGAGCCUCUCCCGGCUCGGCGGGCAGCGCACAUCCGUCCGAGCGCCCUCGCCCGCACCAUCCCCUCGCCCCGGGUGGCGGGCGCAGCCAGGCGCUCCGCGGGUCCCGCCGCCCGCAGCCGCACAGCGCCCACGGGCUCCACUGGGACCGCUCCCCGCACCCGGGACCCAUCUCCGCCUCCUUUGUCCCCCGGCAGCUCACCGGGACGGCGCCCGCCUCCCUGCUGCCGCAGGGACCUCGGAGGGACACGGGCGCCCCAGGACCCCCCUGCGCCGCUGUCCCGACGGCGGAGCCCGUGCACUUACCGUGGGGUGGCCCCGGCCGCGAAGCUCCGCCGUCCCCUCCGAUGCAGCAUCCAGCGCACGCCGGAGCCCUGGAGGAGGACCGGCGGUGGGGCGGACCUAG